AUGAGUUUACGAGUCAAUCCCUCCUUUGAGACUCGCACAGCCAGAGUAAAGGGAAUCAGUUUUCACCCAACACGUAACUGGGUAUUGACAUCUUUACACAAUGGAAAGGUUCAACUUUGGGACAUGCGCACCCGUACCCUCCUUCACGUCUACGAAGGUCACAAAGGACCCGUUCGAUCUGUGAUGUUUCACCCCGACCGACCGAUCUUUGUCACUGGUGGUGAUGACACGAAUAUCAUAGUCUGGAGUUAUACGACUCAUCGCGAGAUCUGUCGAUUGACUGGUCACAUGGAUUAUGUCAGAACUGUCCAAUUCCACCCAACAGAGCCUUGGAUCAUAUCAGCGUCUGACGACAGAACAAUUCGUGUGUGGAAUUGGAUGUCGCGACAGUGUGUAUUACUUUUACCGGGUCAUGAGCACUACGUUAUGUCUGCAUACUUCCAUCCCAAUCCGAUGACUCCAUUGAUCGUGUCUGCGUCGUUGGAUCAAACCGUUCGUGUGUGGGACAUUUCCGGAUUGAAAGAAAGAGGCGAAGGCGUAGUCAAGUUUUUGAUCGACGGCCAUCAACUCGGCGUCAAUUGCGCGGUCUUCCACCCGAAACAGCCGUACAUCGCGACAGCGUCCGAUGACAAGACCAUUCGACUUUGGAAAUAUAAUGAGACCAGAAUGUGGGAAUUGUGUUGCUUACGAGGACACACAUCUAUAGUGUCUUCUGUCGCCUUCGUUCCAAGUUGUGAUGUGUUAGUGUCCAAUUCAGAAGACAGAACUAUUAAGUUGUGGGAUAUCACUAAAAGAACACUCAUCUCAUCAUACCAGAGAGAACGAGACAGGUUCUGGGUGACAGCAGUUCAUCCGAAUGGAUACUCUAUUGGAUGUGGGCAUGACUCGGGGUUGAUUGUAUUUAAGUUGAGCAACCAAAGAGUCCCAGUCGUGCGUACAGACGACUCAUUGUAUUACAUUUGCAGAGGUGCUGUGAGGCUCUUUGAGUUUGCUGGAAAGAAAGAUGCUGCAAUUGUCAAUUUGCCGAAGAGACAGACUGCCGGUGUCAACAACCACGCAAGUGAUUUGGUACUUGACGAGACAAGGAAGUAUAUGUUGGUUGCGUACGCAAAGCAGAACUCACACGACAUUUACAACAUUUCGUCUUCACGAGAAGCAACUGCCCUUCCGACAAAGGGUGGAUUUGUUGUUGGACUGAAGGGGUGUUACGCUGCUUUCGACAGAGGAACUGCAACUGUUUCAAUUAGGAAAUACGAAGGAAGUGUCAUCCGGUCGAUUACAUUGACUGAGAGGCCUGAGAAGAUGGUAUCUGGUCCAUUCCCAUCGACCGUAGUUUUUGGGACUCGUGAAGAAGCGAUCAUAUUUGAUGUCGAAGAGCAAAAAGUUCUUAAAGUAGUCAAGAUGAAAGCGUUGAAGCGAGUCGUUUCUGGUGGAGCGUAUGGGGACUAUGCUGCGUUGAUUGGGAAGCGACAAGUUGUGAUGAUUGGAAAGAAGAUGGAUGUGGUGUGCAAGUGCAAUGAAGUAGCUCGAGUGAAGAGUGGGGUAUUUGUUGGCGAAACACUGUUCUACACCACGUCGAGCCAUUUGAAAUAUUUGCUUCCGAAUGGCGAGGGCGGAGUUAUCAAGCAACUCGACACCGUCAUGUACUUAGCCGAUGCAAGACCACCAAAGAUGUAUUUAGUCAAUCGUGAAGGACAGUUGAAACUGUUGACCAUCAACCCCAACGAGUAUUUAUUCAAAUUGAAUGUCUUCUCGCGUGAUUAUACGUCGCUUGCAUAUAUGGUAGAGCAACGUGAUGUUAUUGGACAGUACGUCGUCGGAUAUUUGCGCAACAAAGGAUUACCAGAAGUCGCUCUACAAUGUGUGAGAGACCCACAAAUUCGAGCGGACUUGGCUCUGAAGUGCUUGGAUUUACAAGCCGCGUUUGAGGCGUGCAAGUCACUUGAGUCUCCCCAGAUGUGGAAGUCACUCGGUAACGCCGCGAUGAUAUCUGGACAUCAAGAGUUUGCAGACAAAGCGUAUCAGAAGACUCAAGAUGCCACAAAAGCCGCAUAUUUGUAUGUAGCUUGUGGCGCAAAAGAGAAGCUUGACAAAAUCACACAAGUCACCGAUACAUGGAAGGACUUGAACGCAAAUUUCACAUGUGCUGCACUUGCUGGCAAUCACUUGCAAAUUGUAAAGUGUUUGUUUAAUGCGGGGCAAAUCCGUAUGGCGUAUAUUGCUGCCGUCAAACACGGGUUGGAUGACCUUGCAACCAAAAUAGCAGAAGAGAUCAAGAACAAAAACCAGACGGUCCCCAAGAUCCCAUCGGACAAGAAAAAGAUCCCAUUCCCAGAACCCCCAACAAACAUUCUUUUAGCUUCUAAGCCUUGGCCUGUUAUGAACUAA